AUGCCCGCCCCACGUCCCUCGGAGAGUGCUGCAGCUCGAGCCGCAGCACAACAGGCUGAAUUCAACGAGAAAAAGUGGGUUUGGGUUCCCGAUGACAAGGACGGUUACCUCGCAGGAUGGGUGAACUCAGAGGAGGGUGAUUAUGCCCAAAUUAUCAUGUCUGCUAACGGCGAGUUUCGGAAUGUGCCACUUUAUGCAUUGUCCAAAAUGAACCCUCCCAAGUUCGACCGCGUCGAAGAUAUCGCCGAUCUCACCUUCCUGAAUGAAGCCAGCGUAGUACAUAACCUCCGUCUACGCUUUGGUUCCGGCGCUAUAUACACCUACUCAGGCCUGUUCUUGGUUGCCAUUAACCCCUACCAAAGUUUACCUCUCUAUUCGGAUGCUAUUAUCCAGCAGUAUCGCAGUAAACGGCGAGACGAGAACCCUCCUCAUAUCUUUGCGGUCGCUGAGCGAGCGUGGGUUAAUAUGGGCGAUGAGAGGGAAAACCAGAGCAUUCUCAUAACGGGCGAAUCUGGUGCCGGAAAGACAGAAAGUACCAAGAAAGUUAUCCAAUAUCUUGCUGCGAUUGCGACAGACGUCCAUAUAGCUCACUCACGCUCUCCUACAAUCGGCACGUCGGCUUCUACUGCGAGCAUUUCUCGGAGCGACUCAUUCCGACGUGGUCAUGGCCCCUCAUCAUCCAGCGGUACGGGUAGCCAUAUGACAGCUCGGGGCCGCCUGGGUCUCCUGGAACGUCAGAUUCUGCAAGCAAAUCCAAUCCUAGAGGCCUUCGGAAACGCGCAGACUCAGCGGAACAAUAAUUCCAGUCGAUUCGGCAAAUUCGUGCGAAUAACCUUCGCCCCAGAUGGCAGCAUUGCAGGAGCGAACAUUGAUUGGUACUUACUAGAAAAAAGCCGAGUGGUGGUAAGGAGUGAAGCAGAACGAAAUUUCCAUGUGUUCUAUCAGCUGAUGGCAGGUGGUGGUAGUCUCAAAGAGAAUCUGUUACUGAGCGGUGGGAUUGAAGACUAUGAAUAUCUCAACAUGAGCCGACGAGAAGUAGAUGGUGUGGAUGAUAAGGAAGAAUGGUCUCUACUCAAGGGUGCUCUUGACAUAGUCGGGUUCACGACUGCUGAACAAUUCGAUUUGUUCCGCAUUGUUGCUGCCAUCCUUCACAUCGGAAACAUUACCAUCACUUCGACAAGGGCAGACGACGCAGUCAUGCCAGACCCAUCCCAGGCAGAACGAGUUUGUCAUUUGUUAGGCAUGCCUGUGGCAGAUUUUACGCGUGCUGUCUUGCGUCCACGGACGCUUGCAGGACGCGAAUGGGUCACUCAAGCCAGAACAAAGCAACAAGCUCUUGACGAGCUAGGCUCCCUAUGCAAGACCCUCUACGAGAAAUCAUUCAGCGCCAUUGUAGACCGCAUCAACGUAGCUCUUGAUCGACCAUCCUCGAAGUCGACUUUUAUUGGCGUUCUCGAUAUCGCCGGUUUUGAAAUUUUCGAGAUCAAUGGAUACGAACAACUCCUAAUCAAUUACACCAAUGAGAAACUCCAACAGUUCUUCAAUCACCACAUGUUCGUACUGGAACAGGAGGAAUACGCUCGCGAGGGAAUCAAAUGGGACUACGUGAACUUCGGACUCGAUCUACAGCCCACGAUCGACCUCAUUGAGGCCAGUGGCUCGGUGAUAGGCAUUUUGAGCUGUCUCGACGAGGAAUGCAUUAUGCCACGUGCAACGGACCUGACGUUCACGAAUAAACUGCAUGGACUGUGGGCAGGCGGUGUUGAUGAUGAACAUUCGCACUCUGGCCGAAGCAAAUACGAUCCGACCCGCUUUGAUCAAGGCUUCAUUGUGCACCAUUAUGCUGCUAAUGUUGAAUACCGGACUGAUGGUUGGUUGGAGAAGAACAAGGACCCACUCAAUGACAAUCUCACUCGUGUCUUGGCCGCAUCGUCUGACCGCUACGUCGCUUCGCUCUUUGCAGAAUAUGCUGACACACCCAACGCAAGUGGAAGUAUGUUCGUCGCGAGUAAAAAGCGUGGUACCAAGAAAGGUGCUUUCAGAACAGUGGCCCAAAGACACAAAGAGCAGCUGUCAAGCUUGAUGUCUCAGCUUCAAGCCACUCAGCCCCAUUUCGUACGUUGCAUCGUCCCCAACUCGAAUAAGAAACCAGGUCGACUCGAUGUACCUCUCGUACUGGAUCAGCUCCGCUGCAAUGGUGUUCUAGAAGGAAUACGGAUCGCUCGGUUGGGAUACCCCAACCGGUUACCAUUCGUGGAAUUCCGGCAGCGUUAUGAAGUGCUGACUCCUGGUAUCAUACCCAGAGGAUAUAUGGAUGGGCGAGAAGCGUGUCGGCGGAUGGUCAAGGCAUUGGAAUUGGAUGAUGCCAUCUUCAAGAUUGGUACUUCCAAGAUAUUUUUCAAGGCUGGCGUGCUGGCCGAAUUAGAAGAGCGUCGUGAUGCAUUGCUCUUCGAAAUAUUCUCCCGACUCCAAGCCGUCGCCCGAAUGUGGACCGCGCGGCGCCAGAUGAAGAAGAUUCUGCACAGGGCCGUUGCCAUUCGGACCAUCCAGCGAAAUGCCAGGGUCUAUGCGGAGCUUAGGGACUGGCCUUGGUGGCAAUUGUACACUAAGGUCAGGCCAUUACUAGCGGCCACGCGCAACGAUGAAGAGCUCCGAAAGAAGGAAGCCGAACUGAGCUUAAUCAAAGAGCGCGCUGAACGCGAUAAGCAAGAACGUGAGGCGCUCGAAACGCUGAAAUCAUCGCUUGAAGCCGAAAAACGGAGAGUGGAGGAAGAACUGGAGGCGGAACGCAUGCUUGCCAUCGAUAAGAAUAUAGUGCUUGAACGGAGCAAGAAGCGCGAAAGCGAGCUCGAAGAUGAAAUUUCUGCCUUGCAAAGUGACUUGGAUAUGCUCGACUCGCAACUCGAUCGCGCAAUGAAGCUUCAGAAGGAAAGUGAUGACAAGUUCGAGAACCUUCGGCAAAUGUUCGACCAAGCUGCGGAGCAUCUCGUGCGCUUAGAAGCCGACGAGAAAACAUGGGCAUCCAAGGAACAAGAAUUAAACGCCCAACUGUUAUCAGCCCAUAAGGAGGCUGAGUCAAUGCAAUCCACCAUCCAGGAGCUCCACAAGAUCGGCGAAGAGCUGAAAAAUCUUGCUUUGCAGCGGGAAGAAGACCUGGCACGUACGAAGGAACGGGCAGAUGGAGCAGUCAAAGAGUGGGAAGCGAAGCUCCAAGCAGGGGCCAAAACCGGCGAAAUCUUACAACACAAAGUCGACGAACUCGAGGAAAGUCGACGACAAUCGCACCAGCAUCUCGCCGAGAUGGAGCGUACCGUCACAACGUCAGCCAAAUCAAUACAAGACAGGGACACACAGCUGAAGAAUCUUUCCGACCAAAUCGCCUCCAUGAAAAAGCUGCAUGGGGAGGCGCUUACCGAAAUCCGUGCUUUGCAGAACGACAUCAAUGCCCUCGAAGGAGAGCUUGAGGUUGAGCGCGGGUACCGGACCAACGAGAACGAAACUCGAAAGAAGCUGGAGCAUGAGUUGGACGAAUUGCGCAAGAUGAUGGAAGCUAAGACAAGUGAGGCGACGCGGAGGGCCGAGGCGGAGAAAAGUAAGGAACAAGAACUGGCAAAUCUCAGAGAACAGGCGCAAAGGCUGCAACAGGACCUCAGUGAUGGGCGGAAGCAACUUGUUGAUGCGCAGAAGCAACUCAAAUUGGAGCUAGAGACAUCACGGAGGGAGCAUCUAGCAUUGCAAGAAAGCCACAAAUCGUUGGAGGCGCGUGAGCAGACGGUUGAAGCAGAGCUCAAACGGGCGUUGGCGCAAGUCGGAGAACUUGAGAAAUCCAGGCGUUCUUUGGAGUCAGAACUUCAAUCGACACAUACUCGACAUAACGAUAUCCAAGAACAGCUGGCUGAAACCAAGAAGGCCAAAGAGGCUCUGGAUCGGCAAUUGGCAGUAUCUCUACACAAGCACCAUGAAAUCGAGGAUGUUAUGCUUCAACUGGAACGCGACAAGAGCGCCCAAGACAGACAGUUGGAUGUGCUGAAACAGCAGUUCGAAAAUGAGUCUACCAAGCGCAGUCAACUAGAACAAUCUCUUGCCAGUCGAAAGAAUGACAUCGCACAACUAAAGCAACAAAAUACGGAACUUGACGCUGCUCUUGCGCAAGCUCUGCUGGACAUUCAGACACGGGAUCAUGAAGUCAAGCAGAUUGAGACGAAACAACACACGACGAUUGUAGAGCAUGUCCAUGUUCUUGAAGAAGCCAAGCGAGUGACUGAUAGGGAGUUGGCGGACGCAAGGGCGGAACUGGAGCAAAAUAGAGCCUACAUCCGAUCCUUAGAGAAGGCUAAGACUGGGCUCAUGCGAGAGGCGGAAGAUCUGACCAGGGAAACGGAAAGAGAACGCCUCGAACUCCAGGCCAAAGAAAGAUUGGUCAAAGCACAAGAAGAUAAAAUGGUCAAAGCGGUCGCAGAGGCUGAGCGGGACAGGAAGGAGAAGGACGCUGCCGAGUUACAGACAAGAAGACUCCAAAUUGAACUGCAAAGCACCCAACGACAAGUGGAAGAGCUCAACCACCAAUUGUCUCAACUUCGGCGCUCCAAAGAUCAGCUGGAUGCCGACUUAGACAGGCUUGUGGACGACAAUGCGGAACCGGCGAGAAAGUCGAUGGCACGGAGGAUAUCACAGCUCGAGGGUCAAAUUAUCGAGUCGAAUUCACCUCGGAUGCCCGCUCGAUAUGAUGGUGAAGGACCGAGUGACUGGAGGCGACAGAAGGAGCGGUUGGAGUUGAAGCUGGCUGAAAUGACCAAAGCCUACGAACGGUCCUCAGCCGAGCAAUCCGAACAACGAAGCCAAAUCACAACUAUGCAAGGUCAAGUUAGUGAACUACGGUCCGCAUUGAACGACGUGGAGGCCGACCGACUGAUGCUUCAAAACGCAAGGAAGGCGCUUCAGAGCGAGCUGGAGACCAUUCGACAUGACCAUAUCGACACAAGUCUGGUUUCAAGUGAUAGGGAGAUGCACAAGCUUCAGUUAAGACAACUCGAACUGGAGAGAACAGUGGAUGAACAAGAGUAUCGGAGUGCGCAAAGCCUUGAAAGGAUGAAAAAGGCCGAGAUCAAAGCGUCUCAAAGCGAAAUUGAUUUGGGUAAGGUAAGGGUGGAGAAGUCAGCACUAGAUCGUCUGAAUGCGAAUUUGGAGAAACAAGUGAUUGAACUUCGGGGACGUAUCAACGAACUAGAGUCUCGCCCACCCAGUACUCCACGAGCGGUGAAGAGAGAAAGUCGGAUUGAGGAACUCCAGAAUCAGCUGCAGAACAAGUCGCGACGAUGA